AUUGGUGAGAUUGUCGUGAUUCGGUACACCCUCUGAUAAACUAAAGAUCAAAUGAGUUGCGGGUGCAAAGUGAAAUGGUGAAAGAAGGACAUUAUUGUGACUUGAGAUGUGUGAAUAGGAUUGAGAAUUAUCUUUACAAGUCGGCCGAGAAAAUUCGCAAAAGUGGCCAAUAAAGAACAGACUCUGACGAUGUCUCGGCGGAAGCAAUCCCGUCCAAUCCGUGUUCAGGAUGGCGAGGAAGAGCCCCCCAUAGAAGGCACCACAAAGCUGACCAAUGUCUCAGCAGAUCCCAAAGACGGCGUCACGGAAAAUGGUGAUAGUGCAGGCUCCUGCUCUGAAGACGACGCCGUGCUGUCCGAUUCAAAUCCUCGUUUAACGUGUGAGCGAUGUCAAGAGACAUUUGCCGACGAUCAAGACCUUUUAGAUCAUCGGGACGCAUGCAGCAUAUCACCGACCAGUAUUCCCGUAAAAGUUGAAACCCCAGCCUCACCAGAAGUGGCGGGUCGCAGCAGUAGCCCGGCCGGUAGUCCGGUGGGGAUACCCAAGACGGAGCCACUUGGCGCAGAAGAGGAAUCCCCUGAGGCCUCCGAUCCCGUUGAUUCCGGUGGAGUGGAGAAAGCCUUGCGCCACAGCCAAGAUGCUGCGAAUAACAAUAAUAGCGAGGGUGACGGAGAAGCCGAGGAGGACGCUCCUGAGGAGGAGGAUGAGGAGAACAUGGAGAGACAAGAGAUACCAAUAGCGCCAGAGAUGAGUUGUCCUGAGCCGGGAGGACCAUUUCCGCCCAGCCAUGUCACUCUGGAAGCACUGCAAAAUACAAAAGUGGCCGUGGCUCAAUUCGCCGCCACGGCUUUGGCCAAUAAUGCUGACAAUGAGGCCGCCCUCAAAGAAUUGGCAGUGCUGCACUCCACACUCUUCACCCUGCAGCACCAGCAUGUGUUUCAGCUGCAACUAAUUCAGCAAUUGCAAUCGCAAUUGUCUAUGAAUGUGACUAAACCUACCAGAAGCAUUAGCAAGGACUCGUGUGGUCGCGAUGAGGAUCCAAUGGAGAUCAAAGAUGACAUGGAGGGAUGUGAAGAUCCGUUGGAUCGGGAUGAUAUGAGUGAUAAGCAUGACGAUGAGGAUCUCUCAAAAUUGGAACCAGAAGUUAUAAUUAGCAGAGAUCCCAGUCCAGAGCCACUGGUGAAAAAAUCCCCAUCAUUUAUCGAUAAGAGAGAUGAGCAGCCUCUUCCCGCCACCCAACCCCUAAUUCCCUCCCUGUCCUCCCAUCAGCCACCGAGGAUUCCGUCUCCCAUGAAAGCGCCCAUGUGCCACAUCAGUUCCUCCCUCGCCUCCAGCAUCAUCACGAAUCACGAUCCACCGCCAUCACUGGAUGAGCCCAACUCGCUCGAAAUGCUCCAGAAGCGCGCCCAGGAGGUGCUUGAUUCGGCUUCCCAGGGUCUGCUGGCCGGAAAUCUGGCAGAUGAGCUGGCAUUUCGAAAAGAUAAAAUGUCCCCGUACGACUCAAAGGGCAAUCGCAAUGAACCCUUUUUCAAGCAUCGCUGCCGAUACUGUGGCAAGGUCUUCGGCUCUGAUUCUGCUCUCCAGAUUCACAUUCGCUCCCACACGGGUGAGCGUCCCUUCAAAUGCAACGUCUGCGGCAGCAGAUUCACCACGAAGGGCAAUCUUAAGGUGCAUUUUCAGCGGCACACUAGCAAAUUUCCCCAUGUUCAGAUGAAUCCCAAUCCUAUUCCGGAACAUCUUGACAAGUACCAUCCACCGCUGUUGGCUCAAUUGUCGCCCGGACACGCGCCGCCUCAGCACGCUCCUCUGCCUCACCCGCAAUUGCCUGUGUCGGUGCCUGUUCCCUUUCCUCCGGGCGCUGGAUUUCCGGGUCUACCGCUCUAUCGGCCCCCGCUGGAUCUCCUCAAGCCCGUUGGUGGCCACCCUCAUCCUCUCUUCGGCCUGGCACAGCCCCAGCAACAACCCGAACAGGACAUGCCGGCGGAUUUGAGUAAGCCAUCCUCAGUACAGACGAAAUCUCCCUCGCCAAUCCGACCGAUGGUGCAUAAAGUGAAGCAGGAACCUCGGGAGGACACUAUGACGCCCCCACAAGAUGUGCACCAUCUCAGAGAUCGCUCCCCGCUGGACAGAGUUCGGGAGAGUGUGUCUCCUCCAUCACGGAGUCGUUUCGACCAGGAAACAGAUCGAUUUUCUCCCCCGGCCAAUUUCGAUGACUGCUCCAUGGACAGCAAAUACAGUGAACCGCGCGAUGGUCAUGAUCAGGAUCAGCCUGAAAAUUUAUCAGCCAAAGCUGCUCCCAGAUCUCCGCCCAGUAGUGCCAGCAGCCAGGCAUCUGGAUCAAUCUUUCAUGGCUCCACUGGUGGUCCUGAUCCCACCAAGGACCCCGUACUGUACUCUUCGCUGCUCCCGCGCCCCGGGAGCAACGACAACUCCUGGGAGAGUCUCAUUGAGGUGACGAAGACAUCAGAGACGUCGAAGCUGCAGCAACUCGUGGACAAUAUCGAGCACAAGCUCACGGAUCCCAAUCAGUGUGUCGUGUGCCAUCGAGUGCUGUCUUGCAAGAGCGCCCUCCAGAUGCACUAUCGCACCCAUACGGGUGAGCGCCCAUUCAGAUGCCGCAUCUGCGGACGGGCCUUCACCACCAAAGGCAACCUCAAGACGCACAUGGGAGUGCAUCGCAUGAAGCCGCCUAUGAGGACGCUGCAUCAGUGUCCGGUGUGUCACAAGAAGUACUCAAAUGCGCUGGUUCUGCAGCAGCACAUUCGGAUGCACACUGGCGAGCCCACGGAUUUGACUCUGGAGCAGAUUCAGGCCGCCGAAGUGCGGGACUUUCCGUCACUCUCGCCCGGACCAUUUGGCAUGGGUCCAUUUGGCUUUCCACUGGGCGCCGGUGUGCCCACGGGUCACGUCGGGGGUUCUGGCUCGUCACAGGGCGACAAUGACGAUUUCAUGGAGGACGACGAGGACUUUGAUGAGGAGAACAGCAACUCUGAGGACUUGGGCAGCACGACUGGCUCUUUGCCCACUUCCUUAGCGGCGCUGGAGAGUCAAGUUCGUACAAUCACUACAAUGGCAUCGCAAUUGUCAGCAUCUGGUCUGGCGGCGCGAUCCACAGAGGAUCUCUCUCGAGUCCACUCAAUCUCGAGUCACGCCGCCAGCAAUGGGGAGCGCAGUCCACCGCUACAGAGCCCCGGAGUCGCCCAGCCUUCUCCAGCUCCAUCGGAAAGCUCCACUGGUGGAGCUCUGGAUCUCACACCACGCUCCAGUGGCGCUCCCCAUUGUAGCCCACCGAUGCUGCACGGUGCCCCUCCUCUGGGGAUGUUUCCCAAUUUCCCUCUCCUUCCCCAUGGUCCGAUCGCCUCCUCGACGCCAAUGAUGAACAGUGCGCUCAACUCUCUUGCCCAGUCUGUGCUGCCGGCGUCACCCUUCAACCCUCUCGGCAUUUCUGAUGAUCUCUUCGGGUACUCAAGAUUUGGUGUUCGUGGCAAUACAACGUGCAAUAUUUGCUUUAAGACAUUCGCGUGCAACUCUGCACUCGAGAUUCAUUACCGCAGCCACACUAAAGAGCGACCCUUUAAAUGUACAAUUUGUGAUCGUGGUUUUUCCACAAAGGGCAAUAUGAAGCAACAUAUGCUGACGCAUAAGAUCCGAGACAUGCCACAGCAUAUGUUUGGCACCUCGGCGGCGUCUUCGGAGGCGUCACAGAGAGAAAACCGCUCAGAGAGCAGCAGCAAUUCCAUGGAUGGCCGAGGAAGUAGCCAUGAGCACGACGGCGAUCGCGAACGCUCGUUGCCGGCUCAUGUGCUGCGAAGAUCCUCGCGGGAUAGUUCUCCCAAUGGUGAUGCGAUAAAACCGGAGACCGGUAUGAAGAGAUUGCCUUCUGAACCUGAUCAUCCGUCUCUCCCGAAGCGGCCGCUAACAUCUUCCUCUGGGUCUCAGCAAACGGCCGGCGCCAAUCGACCACCAUCCUCGCACACGCCUACUCCGAUUCCACUGCAGCGUCCGGCGUCACCUCCUCUGCCACCCAUAGCCCUCGUCUCGGCCCCGGGGAGCAAGUCUCCGACGGCAGGCCAGAAGCCCGAACUGGGGCUCCUGCCGCUGCAGCGCGAGAUGGAGCGAAGCGAGAGGCGCGCCGAGGAGCGCUCAUCGUCGUCACAGUCGCAAUCGGGUUCCGUUUCCAGUGACAAUGGUGCUAACAGCAAGCACUUGUGCGGUGUCUGCCGCAAGAACUUUAGCUCGAGUUCUGCGCUGCAAAUUCACAUGCGCACACACACUGGCGAUAAGCCUUUUAGGUGUUCUGUCUGCCAGAAGGCUUUCACAACAAAGGGGAACCUCAAGGUUCACAUGGGUACUCAUAUGUGGUCGAACGGAGCUUCACGUCGCGGCAGGCGAAUGUCCUUGGAGCUUCCGCUCAACAGGCCCCUGCCAUUGAAUCCGCAGGACUCCGAAUUCCUUCAGCGGCGGCCAGACCUCUUCUAUCCGUACCUACCGGCACCCUUCCUUAACGGCAUGCAGCAAAAGCAGCCAACCGGCGGUCCUGGCGGUUUAGGCUCACCGCCCGGACUCACGAGCAAGUACGCAGGUCUGCUAGGCUUCAGUGGCUUCAUACCGGGUGGACAUCACCUGGCAGCCAUAGGCGGUCAGCAUCACUCACCCUCUCCGUCGCCUCUGAGUGACAAGCCACCUUCGUCCGUCAGCCCGACGCCCAGUGGUGGCGGCGGAGAAGGUGACGGUGCAUCGCCACCGCGCGGUCACGAUCAGGGUGCGCAGCAGCGCAUCUGGGGCCUGCACUAUGAGCGCAAGUCCGCCAGUGCGAAUGGAUCUGUGAGUGAUGACGGAGCGGCCACAAUGGAGGGCAUGGCUCUCCUGGCACCACCAACGCGCGGUGAAGGACUCGCCGCCUAGAGUCUCAUAUCUUAAAUUCUAACAUAUCCCCUGGCAAGAUGUCCACCAUUUUAUAUCCACAACGGAUUCCCCUGAAUUCAGGAAUCUUGCGCAGAAUUCCUUUCGUAUGGAGAUACACGUGAUUAGUCUUUUUUUAUUUUGAAAGAGGAACAGUGCAAAGAAUUUGUAGAUUUUACUGAAUAGAGCUGAAAUACCAUCAAUUAGCUGACAGGACGAAAAUAUGUAGGGAAGGAUAGAAUUGAUCGAUGUGGGUUGCAUGCGUGUAUUCAACAAAAUGAAAGUCGUCCUGUUGAUAUCACUAGUCUUUUACAUGAGAACAACAUAAAGAAGUAGAAAUAAAUUAAAUUAGGACUAUUUAAAAAAA